AUGUCCACCUCUGCUAAUAAGGGGGCUAUCAUCCAACAUAUCACUACAGGAAAGGCUAAUAAUGCCCUCCAAGCCACCCAUUAUACCAAUUCCACCAUCACCACCACUGUCUCUUCACAAACUGUGAGGAAUGUUCUCAAGGCAGCUCAUCUCAAGGCAGCUGAAAAGACUACCUUUGGCUUGGCCCAUCAAAACUGGACUGUAGAGGACUGGAAGCAUGUUAUAUGUUCAGAUGAGACCAAAAUCAAUAGGAUUGGGUCAGAUGGGAAGGAUUUAAUUGCAACUGACCCACAGACACAUGGAUCAACAUUUGUGCCAGUUUUCCUGGGCAGUGACAAAACCAUGGUGUCCGUUGCAACUGGAAAUAAUGAGUAUUACCCUCUCUACGCCUCAAUAGGCAAUGUUCACAACAAUGUCCGGUGUGCACACCAUGAGGCACUCGCUAUUGUUGGAUUUCUCGCUAUACCUAAAACAACAAAAGAACAUGCUUCUGAUCUGAAGUUCCGCAAGUUUCACCGCCAAUUAUUCCAGUCGUCCCUCACCAGAAUUCUUGAGAGGCUUUGGCCUGGCAUGACAAAGCCUGAAGUUGUGCGCUUCGGUGAUGGUCAUUUCCGGCGUGUCAUCUAUGGUCUAGGACCUUACAUUGCUGAUUACGAGGAACAGGUAUUAUGUCUAGGACCAUGCACCAAUUUAGAUAAACCAGCCAGUGAGCGCUGCUGUGAACACACAGAAGCACUCGUCGAAGAAGCAACCCUUGGUGACUUAUGGGAUGAGUAUGGCAUUCCAUUCACAAACAAUUUCCCUCGAACGGACAUUCACGAGCUCAUCGCCCCUGACCUUUUGCACCAGUUGAUAAAAGGUACAUUCAAAGAUCAUAUUGUAGAUUGGGUCAAGAAGUACUUGGAUCAGACACAUGGAAAAACGGCGGCCAAGUGUAUCAUGGACGACAUUGAUAGAAGAAUUGUGGCCACCCCAUCAUUUGCUGGACUUUGA